UCAUUUUUGCUUUAGCAUUUUCCUUCUUUCUCUUGGAAUCGCCUUUUCUUCUAUAAAAAAUUCAAUAAUUUCCUGGAAAAUAUAGAACCCGAACUUAAAUAUCAAACAAUUUAACGGACUCUUUAUCUGGAUUUUCACAUUGAACAAGAUUUUUUAGUCAAAUGGAAAACCAGUUUUUUCUCAGUGCUCAAGGAAUCCCACCAGUCGGACCGCCAUUAAACUUCGGGCAGUCCCUAUCUUCAGCCAUGGAAAUUCAAGCACCGGAGCUGAAUUCAUCAGAUUACGGUCUACAGUUCGAGUCGGCACUGAGUUCGAUGGUGUCUUCUCCGGCGGCAUCGGGUUCCAAUACCUCCAACGACAUAUUCAUGUUCAGGGAAUUGCUCGGCAAACUGGGGAGCAUCGAUAACUCCGGCGACAUCUCCCCACACCCUUUAAUGGCUUCUUCUUCUUACAUCAAUGGAAACAACAGCAUCAACACUUCUUGUUACAGCACCCCAUUGAAUUCUCCUCCUAAAUUGAACUUGCCAAUGAUGGAUGGUACGGUCACGGAGAAGUUUCCCAGUUUGGGAAAAUCAAUGGGGAUGAAUUCCAGUGUGGCGGAUUUCUCGGCCGAUCCUGAAUUUGCAGAGAGAGCAGCGAAAUUCUCUUGUUUCGGAAGCCGGAGUUUCAACGGCCGAACGAUUCAACUCGGACUCAACGACAGUUACAAUGAAAUCGCUGGUUACAGAUCUAAUCCAUCGUUGUCAAAUGCCAAGAUACCUCGUGUUUCCAGUAGUCCUUCUUUAAAGGCAAUGGCGGUGUGUCAAAUAGGUUAUAAGAGUAAUACCCCAUUGCAGGAUCGAUCCGAGUUGGCCAGUUCUCAAGAGGAAUCCUCCAUUACCAAUGGCGAUCCAAAAGCUUCGGAAAGGGCGAAUUCAAGGAAAAGAAAAACAGUUUCCGAAGCAAAAACAAACCAGAAUUCAACAUCUCCAUCAAUAAAUGCUGCAAAGGCGACUGAACAAAACGAAGAAUCAAAGAAGAAGGGAUGCAUAUCAACAGAAAGCAAUGGGAACCAAAAUGGUUCAGUCAAAACAGAGGAAGAAUCAAAAGGAAAUGCAAACACAAAACCUCCUGAGCCUCCCAAAGACUACAUUCACGUUCGAGCAAGAAGGGGAGAAGCCACUGACAGCCAUAGUUUAGCUGAACGAGUCCGUAGAGAGAAAAUCAGCGAGAGAAUGAAGCUUCUGCAAAAUCUUGUUCCUGGUUGCAACAAGGUGACUGGAAAAGCCUUAAUGCUGGAUGAAAUCAUAAACUACGUUCAAUCAUUGCAGCGUCAAGUUGAGUUCCUUUCAAUGAAGUUAGCUUCAGUGAAUACCGGGAUGGAUUUUAACGUGGAUGGGUUCAUGCCAAAGGAUGUAUUUCAAUCAAACAACAGUUUGACACAUCAAAUAUUCCCAAUAGAUUCCUCGGCAUCACCCAUAUUUGAACACCAUACCCAGCAAAAUCCAGCACCGCAUGGGACAAUGCCCCAAUCCUUAGGGGACCCAUUACCCCCUCCAAUUCACCAAUUUACUCGUUCUCUGCCUCCGUACCUAACAGUAUGUGAGGGUGACCUGCAAACCAUAGUUGAAAUGGGGAUUGGCCAAAAUCAAAGCAGGGCAGAGAAUUUGCAGGGGUCAGGUGAGAUGAAGGUGGAGCUCUAGUAACAACCAUUCAUUCUCCAAUCCAAGGAGAAAACGGCUGGUGUAUAUACAAAGAAUGGAGCAGGUGCAUGAACUACCACUAUGCUUAGGUUAAAAAAAGGGCAGGAUUCUUUGCUCCUUUUCACCCUUUUAUAAUUUUUUUGGGGUGGUUUGUCAAUGAUUUUGUCUUCUUUCUAAUUUUCUCAUUUGCUGAGUAUUUUUGCUUACCAAAUUAUCCGAUGUAAUAUUUGGGUAUUUAUGGUGCAAUCAUCUUAUUAGCAAAAGGCACCCACAUUUGUAAGAUAUACUAUAUUGGUUAAUGCUAAUUUUAAUCAUUGGACUUUUAA